AACCUAUAUAUAUUAUUAUAUUUUUACUAUAAUAUUAAAAAGUAUUAGUGUUUGGCAUAAUCAAAAUAAAAUGGAAAUAAAUGAAAAUCGAGACAAGUUCAACUCCGCUUCGAUAAUCCAAGCAAAUAAGCUGUUAUCGGAAGUUUUUAAAAAAACAUUACUCGAAAUCUCUAUACUCGAUUCACUCUACGGCAGUAGUAGCAUCAGCGAAUAUGUUAAAGAUGUUUUCCAGACAUCUAUUGACGACUUGCAUAAUUUUGGAACGUUAAAAACCUUGCAUGAUAUAGUUGAGGACAAUAAUCGUAAACGCGAUGAAUGCGAACAAAAGAAAGAACAACUACGAUUUUGGUUACAAAAAGGUGAACGGAAAACAAGAAAUGGUGAACAAUUUACACAAGAACACGUAUCGUUGGAAAAAAAAAUACAAAUGUUCAAACAAAAAGAAGAAGAAAUUGAUUCGAUUAUUGAGAAGUGUACGGCCGAUGGGGAACAUACAGCGAUACGAAGAGAGACAGAAAAAAACUAUGUAGACAAAUGGGAAAAGGCUAGAAUAGAAAAUUUCAAAUUUAAAUUUAAAUCUGAAGAACUAAAAUUACAAAAAUGUAUGGCAGAGUUACAAACUAAAAUGAAAACGGAUCAAAUCGUAGAUGAAGAGAACAAACAAUUUUUAGACUACACUAUAAAGGAAUUAGAAAAACAAAUCGAGUAUUGGGAAUGUAAAUAUAAAACUGAUACUAAGGAAAUUGACGAACAAUUAGAGAACCUUAUUAUAACAUUAGAGGAAAAAUCCAAAGAAAUAGAAAGUUUAAAAAAAACAUUUAACGAGAGGCAAACUAUUAUCGAGGAUCAUGCUGAAAAUAAGCAAAGAGCGGAAGAAGAGAAAAAACUUAACGAACACAUGGAAAAAAUGGCCACGAAAAUUCAAGCAUGGUGGAGAGGUACAAUGGUCAGGCGUCGUCUAGGUCCAUAUAAACAUUUAUCGGGGCCCAGAAAGAAGAGUAUUAAGAAACCGUUAAUAAAUAAAGGGAAAAAAACGAAGAGCAAAUAGUUUAUUAUUUAAAAAUAAAUAAUAUUAAGAAUUAUAGUGGUUAUUGGUUAAUUUAUCUGUACCUAUGACAUAAGUCACAACACCCACAUGGUCAUUAAAAUUAUCAUCAGAUAUUAUCAGAUUUUGAAAAUGUAUUGGCAUUACCUUGAAUGUCAAUAUGUCAAGUUUUAGGUAAUACACAACCAAAAUCUGAAAAUAAUAUCAACAGGUUUUAAUAAUUAAAACUUAAUAAACGAUUUUUUUGAAAUGGUCAAAUAACACAGAGAUUGACCAAAGUUUUGGUAGUUAAAAUAAACUUGAGUACGUGUACAGUUAUUAUAUAAGAAAACAACUAAUUUUCAAAUUUGUGUGCCCCCAACCAUUAAAAAUAAAGGUAAAAUUAAAAAUUAAAAAAGUCCAAAAUAAAUAUUUGGUCAAAAACACAAGGUUUUUUCAAUUUCUUGGAAGUUUUUCCCACCCCCAGGCAGUGGCGUGCUGAACAUUUAUAAAUCUUGAUGCCCAGCAUAUAUUUCAGUACCUACCCCCUCUUUAUCCCCUUGAUAUAAUAUAUCGUACAUAUAAUUAUUAUGUGACUGUAAAUAUUUUAAUUUUUGUUGUAUGUUAUUGAUUAUCAUAAUGUACCCAACCUCCCAAAAAAAAUCCAUCAUGACGCCUAGGUGUCAUAAAACCCCAUUCACCACGACCACGCCACUGCCCCUAGGUGACUGUCAGGACCAUAUACCGACUACCGAGUAUACCAGAAACCAAAAUUGUGUGCAGUACGAAAUUUAAAAGUGUGUAGUAGUAGUAAUAGUAAUAGUAAUAACCUAAUUAUGAAUAUUAAUAGCCGGAAUAAUAUUCUCUUAAA